AUGCCCGAUAGCCUACAGCAUUACACGGAAGCAGAACUCAAAGAGAUUGAAAUGAGUCUCAAACGCAAGGCCGAUUUCACCAUCAUGCCAAUCAAUCUGGCCGCUGCCAAAUUGCAAGGCAUCAUGGAAGAUCUUAACAUGAGCACAACCGAUUUCGCUACCGCAGUCUCGAUUCUGUUUGUAGGAUACCUGCCAUUCCAAAUCCCUUCCAACUUGAUCCUCUCCAGUAUCACUCGCCCUGGUGCGUACAUCUGUACUGCGACCAUCAUUUGGGGAGCUAUCUCUGCUGCUACAGCCGCUGUCACCACUUACAAGUCUCUUCUCGCUGUUCGAGUCAUUCUUGGAGCAGUCGAGGCCGUAUUCUUUCCAGGUGUCAUCUACCUACUUUCGAGUUGUAAUGCUUUUGGUGGCCUGAUUGCUGCUGGUAUCUUGAAGCUAGAUGGUGUUCAUGGUAUUCGUGGAUGGCGAUGGCUCUUCAUCAUGGACUUUGCUGUCUGGAGACUCGAGAGGGAGGCCGGUGCCAGCGAGGGUAACGAAAAUAUCGGCACUCUUAAAGGCUUUCUUCUCGGUCUCCAGGACCCGAAGCUAUACGCUAUCAUCUUCAUGAACAUGAUGUCGCAAACUCUUCUACUCACUGCUCCUCCUUAUGUGCUUGCCGGUAUUGUCUACUUUGGCAUCACAUGGUACUCAGACCGCACGAACAACAUGUACAGAGUAAUCAUCGUCUGCAUCUGCAUUGCAUGCGCAACCUACAUCAUCGCCCUCUCGACCCUGAACACCGGCGCCAGAUACACAGCAAUGAUGCUGAUGCCCUUCAGCUCCGUCGGACCCCAACUCAUGCUGUUCUAUGUUCUGAGCGAGAACAAGAAGUUGGAUGAGGGUGGGGAGGUUGCACUGAAGGCUAUGAAGCAUGGUAUUACACAGCAACAACUCCAGAUGGGCUGGCGCUACGAAGGUCUAUGA